AUGUCGGUGCAGGUGCUCGCAGGUCACUCGCAGGUCGCUCGCAGGUCAAUCGCAGGCUCCUCCUCCCCGCGCUCCACGCCGUCCCGUCGUCACGGUGACGGCGGGCUGGGGGCGGAGGCCUUGAGGCGGAGGGCGGGGCUCUUCUGCGUGUUUCCGUAUUUGGACGCGGCCUCGUUGCUGCGGGCGGCCGAGGUGUGCUCUGAUUGGCGGUUCGUCGCCCGGCACCCGGCGGUCUGGACCCGCCUCCGCCUGGAGAACGCCCGGGUGUCGGCCAAGUUCCUCUCCUCUCUCUCUCAGUGGUGCACUCAGACUCAGUCGGUGGUUCUGAUCAACCUGAAGCCCAGAAGCAGACGAGCAGACGAGACCAGAGAGGAGUACCACAACAACACCCGGGGCAGCCUGGAGGUGGGGGUGGAGGCUGUGCUGCGGUCAGCAGGGGGCAGCGUGCUGCACCUGUCUGUCUCUCAGUGCCCUCACAUCCUGACAGACAGGACGCUGUGGCUGGCCAGCUGCUACUGCAGGAACCUGCAGACGCUGACGUACAGGAGCUCGUCUCACCCCCCCGGUCAGGAGGUCCUCUGGGCUCUGGGCGCAGGCUGCAGGAACAUCAGCAGCCUGCAGGUGGCACCGAUACACCCCUGCCAACAGCCGACUCGGUUUGGGAACCGCUGCUUGCAGACGAUUGGUCGAUGCUGGCCACACCUCCGCUCGCUCAGUGUGGGCGGAGCCGGCUGUGGCACUCAGGGAUUGGUCGCUGUGGUGCGCAGCUGCGUCCACCUCCAGGUGCUGGAGCUGGAGCGCAUCACCGACCUCGGCCUGCAGGCGGCGACAGAGCUGAGCAGAGACGGCCUGCAGAGCCUGGAGACGCUCGUCCUCACACACACACCCGUCAGCGGGCAGGCCAUCAUGCACUUCCACUCGGUGUGUGUGAACUUGCAGGCGAUCGUCGUUCACAUCUCGGUCAGUGAUUACUUCGAGGAGCCCGAAACUCAGGAAGCCCAGACUCUGUUCAGAGAGAUCCUCAGCACGCUCAAGGUUCUUCAGAAGCGUCCCGGGCUGUGUGACGUCCUGCAGGUUAAAGCCGAAGGAUUCUGCUGA